AUGAAGGGGAGGAAGAGGCAUCACGCCAUGUCCUGCUGCGUGGUGCUCACCGUUCUCGUUAUCCUGGGCAUCCUCUCCAUCGUGCUCUACAUCCUGUACCGCCCGCUCCCGCCGCGCGUGGUGACGUCGCCCGUGGAGACCAUCGUCCAGGACUUCAGCCUCCUCCCGCCGUCGCUCACGCUGUCCGCCAGCGUGCACGUGAUGGCGAGCAACCCAAGCCGCGCGCCGUUCCGGUACGGGGAGACGGUGACGGCGGUGACGUACCACGGCGAACCCGUGGGGACGACGGUGGUGCCGGCCGGCAAAAUCGGCAGGCGGACGACGACGUGGGUGGCGCCGGUGACGGUGGUGGACGGGAUCAAGGUGGCCGAGAGCCCGCACUUCGCCAGCGACGUGGUGGCCGGGGCGCUUCCGUUCGUGGUGGUGGUGAGGCUGGACGGGAAGGCGCUGGUGCUGCGCGCGUUUGAGGUGAGCGUCACCGUCGAGGUGGUGUGCUACGUCCAGGUCUACGUCCUCCAGGGGGACAGCAGCUCGAACUGCGUCUCGAGGGUCCGCACAGGGCCUGGACGUAAUUACUAG